GCGCAUCCUUUGCCUCGCCACCGCCCCGCCAGUGCAGUGCGAUGCAGUGCGAUGCAGUGCCGCCACGCCGUCUCGCCGGAGCUUAGCCCCGCUAGGGUUUCCCUGACGGAGGCGGAGCUAGCGGAGCUGGCGGAGCUGGCGGAGCUGGCGGAGCUCCGCUAGCGACGGUAGUAAACCCGGACAUGCAGGAUCCACUUUGGAACACGCUGUCUGGGACGGCGUCUGGGGACGCCGCCGACGCCGGCCUGCCCAGGGCCUGCCGCCUCAUGCCUGCUGUCUCGCUCGCACCCCGCCGGGACGCCCCGCGAGUGCGAGAGAGACGGAGCGACGCCGGCCUGGGGCGCCCUGGGGCCCAGACGUGUGGGUGCGUCGCGCGAAUCCUUUUGCAAAGCGGAUCCGCGCGCCGGGACGGGGAUGGGGAAGGGGGCGCGGCAUUUGAACCACACUCUGAAAGUACACUCUAAAUGUUGUACAGUGAAGAUUCUCCAUAUUAUGCCGCGUGGUGCUGCGCCCCAGUCAGCAGCUGGCGGUACCCUGAAACCGAAGCGAAUGGGUGGACCGGAGCGUGCCGCAACGGCACCGAGCAGAGCCCCAUCGACAUCCCGACGGGAGACAAGGCGGCCACCAAGGCGUCCAACUUCGAGCCCCUCGUCCUGGUCAACUACGACAACCUCGUCAACUACAAUAUGACGAACAACGGCGAGACAGUGGUGCUGACGGCCGACGGAGGCUGCAACGCCUACGUCACGGGCGGAGGGCUGAGGAAACUGUUCAAACUCGAGCAGAUGCACUUCCACUGGGGGUCGGAGCACCUGGUCGGUGGACUCAGGUAUCCUCUGGAGCUGCACUUGGUGCACUACGACGCCAACUACGGCAGCCUGCAGGAGGCCCUGGGCAAGAACGGCAGUCUGGCCGUCAUCGCAGUGUUGUUCAGGUACGAGAAGAACGACGUCCCCAACUCCGAGCUGGGCCACGUGGUGGCGGGGCUGAAGCUGGUGAAGGAGGCCGGCCGGCAGGCCAAGCUGGGCGCGCGCCUCUCGCCGGGCAAGCUGCUGCCCACGGACACGGAGCGGUGGUGGCGCUACGCGGGCUCGCUCACCACCCCGGGCUGCGACCAGGGCGUGGUGUGGACCGUGUUCCGAGACACCCUGCCGGCGGCGCGCAACCAGCUCAAGGAGUUCCAGACCCUGCAGCAGGACCACGGCGCGGGCGAGCCCGAGUACAUCCUCAAGAACUUCCGCGCGCCGCAGCCCAUCAAGCACCGCACCGUCUUCUACCAGGACCCCGCCAACAACGCCAAGUGCGGCGCCUCGGCGUCCGGCCCCCUGUCCGGCCCCGCCGCCGGCGCGGUCCUGGGACUCGUCCUAGCGGCCGCACUAGCGAACGUCUUCCAAAAGCACUAGGCAGAGACCUUUCUCUCUAGAAAAAAAAAAUGUAAAUUAUUAUAGAUUAUUACUACGGAUCUAUUCAAUUGAAUGACAUUGUCAUUUCCCUGCAGGGAAUCUCAGGCAUGAAAACGCCUGAAUCAAGUUGUGGACUAGUUGACGGUCUGGCAACUUGCUUUGGAGUAGGUGUGGACUAAUUUCUGGAGGUUUGUCAACCAUACACUGUAAGCCUGAGUCAGGAUCAGUUUCCCUCGGGAUGUCUUGGGCGUGAGCUGACGCUUCUGUAGAAGGUCAUCCUUCGGCAUGCACCUUGGGCACAUAUCAGUCUCCUACGCUCUUGUAGAAACGGAACAUGAAACAAGGGCAGUGGCAUGAAAAAUUUUGAAUGCCACUUCUGUGACACUUUGUUGAAGCUCAUCUGAUGAUGAAAUUUGAGCUUGUGAUGAUCUCUAUCACCCAGUGUCUUUCACCAAUCUACUUCUAGUGUGGUUUACAUUCCUUCCAGUGGUGACAGUCGACACGUAUUUGUCACUGCCACUACAGUUUCUUAGCUGGGUUCCGUAAUAAGAUAAAAUUUCUGGUUUUAGGAUUUCUUGUCUUGAGCUACAAAAAUACAUAGGGCAACUCGUAUUAUUAAUUACCAUACAGUAAAAAAGUAUAUAAUUUAGCUGUGUUGCAAACCCAUGUUUCUUUGAGGACCUUCCAAUGAACUGAGCAUGUAAUGUUUUACAGCAUAUGCCAAAGUUUCACCUCUUCCAUUCCAAACAUAUAUCAGUAUUAAGGUUGUUUAAAUUUUUGUUAUUAUUGAAAGUAAGUUGUAUUGUAGCUGGGCAUGAAGCUAGAGGCAUGACGUGUUUAUUGAAUAUGAUUCUUUUCAAGUGUUGACUAUUGACUGUUAUGUUUUAAGAGAUUUUACCAUAUGCAGCAAACGGACAAAAAGAGAAGAUUGACUAAUUGCUUGUUUGAUUUGCUGUUAUAAAUCAAAUUCCGUGUAUUUCUAAAAUACUUUGUUAAUGCUACCUGUUCAAGUAAUUUUAUUUCUUAGUCUGAAUGAAUUUUUUUCUGCGAGCAGAACAUGAUUACCAUAUACAAUGGGUAAAUGUAGCGUUUAAAUAGCCCGCAUAGUAAUUUGAUUACAUUUUGCUGCUGCUAGUCUAAGUACCACUGCUAGCCAAAGAACCUUUCCAAAGCAUUCAAAUGUACUUAAUUGAGAUUACACUAAUAAAGUAUGGUCAUAAUAUAGUUUA